CUUCACGUGACGCUUCAAAGGAAAUUACAUUUUUUUUUAUUAAAAACAAUUCAGUACAUUACAAUUUCUCGUAGAAAUAUUGAGUUUGCAUUCCUCAACAACAAUAUAAACAGCUUUAUUGACAAUGCAUAAAGAUACAUACAUCAAUAGAUCAAAAUUAAAUUAAAGAAAAUCUCAUCCCUCUAAAAGCACUCGUUUCCUCUCUCCCUGCAUGAAAGGAAGCACGUUAGGGAAACGUAUGCACGGAAUGAAGAGACUUGGAUGUACCUAUGUGAAUGACUAACAGAAGUUCUACUCUUUGAACCAUCAGGUCUACCAGCGCAGUCUCCACUUGAGACCUGUGAGCCCUGACCCGCUGUUAACUUGAGAGCUUACUGCAGCCAGAAUCAGCGAGAUGGAGGAGGAGGCCAGGUGCUUCUUGGGGAGGUUUGUGGAGGAGUUCCCGGCAGCUCUGGAGGAAGGCAGUCCACUGCCUGUCAGACCCAUGAGCCGCAAAGUGUCCCUGGAGGAGCUACAUGGAGAGAGUCUGGAGCUGGGCCUGAGGCUACUUGCUGCCAGGGGUGCUCCUGCAGGCCUCAGUGCGCUCCUGUGCCAGACCGCACUGUCCCAACUGCUGCAGAACGACCUUUUACCUUUCCACUGCCCCCACGAAGCUGAUGACAACCAGGAAGAGGAACAGCAAGUAGUCUUGCUUCAGUCAGAGGCAGUCCAACGUCUCUUCCUUAACGAGCUGAUAGAUGGGGCACUAGCAUGGCAUCAAAACUUCCCCAAGGCCUCGCCCUCCCCCUCUCGGUUCCUCCUCUGCUCCAUUCAUGCCAUCAAGAACACAAGAAGGAAGAUGGAGGACAAACACUUGGCCCUGGCUGAGUUUAACCAGCUCUUUGGAAUCCAGGAUGGAGUCGAGCGUGCCUACUAUGCUGUGUUUGAUGGCCAUGGAGGGGUGGAUGCUGCCACCUUCGCUGCCACACACCUCCAUGUUGCUCUGAGUAAACAGGAGACACUGCGGAGUGACACAGCCACAGCCUUUAAAACUGCUCUCAAACACACUGAUGACAUUUUCAAGAGCAAAGCCAAGAGAGAGCGUCUCCGGAGUGGCACAACAGCUGUGGCGGUGUUGAUUCAAGGACAGGAGCUGACUGUGGCAUGGCUGGGAGACUCUCAAGCAAUGCUGGUCAGAAAGGGACAAGCUGUUACACUCAUGGACCCCCAUAAACCAGACAGAGAGGAUGAGAAACAGAGAAUUGAGGAUCUUGGUGGCUGUAUCACCUUCAUGGGUUGUUGGCGUGUUAAUGGCACCUAUGCUGUCUCCAGAGCAAUUGAGACCUGGCUGACGGAGAAUGAUCAGGACAACGAUUUAUCAAUUGAUGGAUUUGGGGCACCUUAUCGACUUGAUCGAGAGAGAGAGAGAGACGGGAUAAAACCCUGGACCUCUGCUAUGGAUCUAUAAAAGACGCUUACAAAUCACUGCCUUUAUCGCCGCUGGGUUCAGCUGACCAUAACUGUGUGCAUUUGCUGCCAACAUAUAAAACUGUCCUAAAAACACAUAAAGCUCAAAUUAAAGUAAUUAAAGAUUGGACUGAUGAAUCCGUACUAUGCUUACAAGAUUGCUUUGAUUGCACAGACUGGGAAAUGUUUCAAAAGUCCUCUGGGGAUGACCUAAAUGAAUGGACUCAUGUGACAUGCUCAUAUAUUGCUUUUUGUAGAGACAUGAUUGUUCCAUGUAAACUGGUGAAAAUCUAUCCUAACAACAAACCAUGGAUAACUAAAACUGUCAAAGAUAGCUUACAGAAAAAAAACUCAUGUUUUUGCUGAACUACAAAUGGCAAAAAAGGAUCUAAAAAUAGGAAUUCUCAAAGCAAAACGAGACUAUAAAUAUAAACUGGAGAAAAAGAUGGCAACAAACAACCUUGGGUCAGCCUGGGACCGUAUGAAAACCAUAGCAGGCCUCCAGAAUCUAAAGAGCAGUAGCCCAGUCACCCUGGAUGGUUUCAGCUCAGACACUGAGCUGGCUAGUGCUCUUAUUCAAUUUUACAAUUGUUUUAAUAUUUUUGAUUUUAGCAAUGAGAUUGACAAUUUGAGUAACUAGCUCGUAGACGUUCAACAUUUUAAUAUAACGCAAACAGAAGUGCACAAAGCAUUCCUCUCUAUAAGAGUUAAUAAAAUCCACGGUCCAGAUAACAUCUGUGGGCGCAUACUCAUAACCUGUGCAAAGCAAUUGAGUACUCCUUACAUUUUUAACAAGUGUUUAGAGGCACAAUUAGUACCUGAGGUCUGGAAGGAUGCUGUGGUUAUCCCUGUUCCUAAAUCACACACCACUAAAACCCUUAAUGAUUUUAGACCAGUGGCACUCACAUCAAUAGUGAUGAAAGUAUUUGAAAAAUUGGUGAGGUCUGAAAUAUUAAGAAAAACGGAGCAUUUACUUGACCCUCUGCAAUUUGCUUAUAGACCCCGUGGGGGGUGGAAGAUGCCACAGUCACUUUACUAAAUUUACUCUUUAAGCAUUUAGAUAACAAUGGCUCCCAUGCCAGACUUUUAUUUAUUGACUUCUCCUCAGCUUUUAAUACAAUUCAACCUCAUAUUUUAACCACAAGGCUGCUAGAACAGUUUGAUCUGAGCAAUAACCUGGUAGGCUGGAUCCUCAACUUUUUAACAAACAGGACGCAAAGAGUGAGAGUGAAUGGCAAUUUUUCUGAAAAAGUCUGUUCAUCAACAGGCUCCCCACAAGGAUGCGUACUCUCACCUCUGCUUUAUAUCCUGUACACAAAUAUGUGCUAGAGCAGGUGGGAAAACAGGACUAUAAUUAAAUACGCAGAUGACUCAGUAAUUGUCAGCCUGCUCCAAGACAGUGAAAUAGGUCACGGUCCAGUCGUCAUUGACUUUGUUGAAUGGUGUGAGGCGUCUCACCUUCAACUAAAUGUAGUUAAAACAAAUGACAUGCUCAUUGAUUUUAGGAAAAAAAAAAUCCAAACACAAGAAAUUACAUCAAUCAAUGGUCAAACUGUUGAAUGUGUCGAUUCGUAUAAAUACCUGGGGAUGAUAAUAGACUGUGAAGUGGUAUGUAAAAAAGGGCAUCAGCGCCUGUUAUGUUUGAGGAAGCUGAGUAAAUUCCAUGUUGAUAAAUCCAUCAUGACCCUUUUUUAUCACGCUUUUAUUGAAUCCGUUUUAUCAUUUGCGCUAGCAGCCUGGUUUGGGAACCUCACUUUGAAAAAUAAAAACUCACUCAACCAAAUAGUAAAGUGGUCUAGCAGGCUGAUUGGUGAGCCUAACGUGGAGACCCUGUACACAAAACAGGUACAGCGCAUAACUAGUUCAAUUUUAAACAACAUUUCUCAUUCACUGCACACAGAGUUCCAGCUUCUACCCUCUGGGCGUAGGUUUAUGAUCCCCAGGUGUAAAACAAAAAGACACAAAAACAGUUAUGUUCCUGCAGCCAUUACAUUGAGGAAUAAGUUAUAGCUAUAUUUUGCACAAGUGUUUACUCUUGUUUUUUUUGUUUUUUUUUGUUUUUUAUGUAUGUACUCUUUUACUCUUCAUGUAGACCUAUGCAUUAUCUUAUUCUGGACCGAUAAGAACUUUUUUGAUGUGUGAUAAUGUGAGGAUGUGUGAUAAUGUGAUGAUGUGUGACUCUACUGCAAACAAAAUCUACCUAUGGGUAUAAAUAAAGUAACUUGAACUUUGA